UGAAACUAGGCUUUAUAUAUUUUGUCUCAACCAAGCAAUGAUUUGCAUGUUUCUCUAGCUCAAUCGCAAUCUGUUUCCUGGUGUAAUCACUCUGUUUGCAUGUCGUUGCUCAUGAUUUCUGUCAGUUUUUUUUACCAUUGGUUUUUAUGUAUGAAUUGUAAUUAAAGUUCCUUUCUUUUUCACAAAUUGGAAUUGUAUGUGCUCUUCGUCAGACCCUUUUAAAUUUUCGCUUACUUUUUUAUGAGCCCAUUUGAAAUUUACUGCAAAAGGUUGCAACUUUAGCUUGGUUAUACGAUUAUUUGGUGUGUGGGGAAUGGAAGAGGCAGGGCAGAUAAAGAGGGCCUUGAUUGAUGCCACCGCCGGUGCAAUUUCUGGUGCUGUUUCAAGAACUGUGACAUCACCUCUUGACGUCAUCAAGAUUAGGUUUCAGGUUCAGCUGGAACCAACUACACAGUGGGCUUUGCCUCGCACAGAUGUUUAUGGUCCGUCAAAGUAUACCGGUAUGCUGCAAGCAACAAAAGACAUCUUUCGGGAAGAAGGAUUUUUGGGAUUCUGGAGGGGCAACGUUCCAGCACUUCUUAUGGUUAUGCCGUAUACUGCAAUACAGUUCGCAGUUAUGCAAAAGUUAAAGGCAAUAGUUUCUGGCUCUUCCAACACAGCAUUCUGCAAUCUCCUUGCUGCAGAAAACCAUCUGAGGAUAAGUCCAUACAUUUCGUACAUUAGUGGAUCAGUGUCUGGAUGUGCUGCCACUAUCGGUUCGUACCCGUUUGAUCUUCUUAGGACAAUCUUGGCAUCACAGGGGGAGCCAAAGGUAUAUCCAAACAUGAGGGCUGCACUUUUCAAUAUACUCGAAACUCGUGGGCUUCGCGGGUUGUAUGCUGGAUUGGCACCCACACUUGUUGAAAUCGUCCCUUAUGCCGGCUUGCAGUUUGGAACCUACGACACAUUCAGGCGCUGGACUAUGGCUUGGAAACAGAACAGAUCACAAUACCAGAGACUAGACCCUGGUGUUCUCACAGACGUUGAGGUUUCCAUCUGUGGUUUAGCUGCAGGAAUAUGCGCUAAAGCCGUUUGCCAUCCCCUUGAUGUGGUGAAGAAGAGAUUUCAGGUCCAAGGCCUGCAGAGGGAUCGGAGAUACGGAGCUCGGGUGAGGCCUCGUGCAUACCAGAACAUCCAUGAUGCCAUCGUCCAGAUCCUACGCUCGGAGGGAUCAGCCGGGCUGUACAAGGGCAUUGUCCCAUCAGUCAUCAAAGCUGCACCGGCUACUGCUGUCACGUUUGUGGCCUUCGAGUACGCAUCAAAAUGGUUGAGGAAUUGAAGUCCAUACUUACAUUAAUCUUCGUCUCAACGACUGUUAUUACAUUGAAUUGUGUAUACCCAUUUAUUUUGGAAAUAUUAACUUUUAGGCAUAGUAGUGAAAAAGAAAACAAGGGAGCCUCUCAAGUUUUUAGGCUCCAAACAUUGUGUAAUUCAAGAGCAUCCUUUUUUUCCUUUA